AUGAAGUUGAGUCUUCAUCUAGACAUCCCUGGUAUGCGCCCAUUUGAUCUCGAAAUGCGGCGCCGACUAUGGUGGCAGAUCUGUACUUUGGACGUUCGCAUCGCCGAAGAUUUCGGCGGUGAACCAUUUAUCCUUGAACCAAGCCUUCAUGCAGAGCUACCACUCAACAUUAAUGAUACUAGCUUAGAUCCUGAUAUAAGCGAACUGCCAAGCCCACAACCUGGGAGGAGUGAGAUGCUGUUCAGCCUGGUUCGAUUCGAAGUGAGCAACUUCGCGCGCCGAAUUGCCUUUUCGGACAGAUUCUGCCAGAGCAACGGCUAUCCGAUGCUGAAUGAAGAGCAAAAGUGCCAAUCAGUGGACCAAUUUAGAGAGCGCAUUGAGAAGCAGUACCUAUCCUAUUGCCACAAGGCAGUUCCAUUGGAUUAUAUCACGGUUAAGAGCAGUCGACUCAUUCUUGCAAAACUGAAGUUGGCCGCUUGCAAGCCGCGCGCCAACCAGAAUCACGGUAUUCCCUUACGAGCCAACUAUCGCAAAGCUUGCGAGGAAGUAUUGGAACACGUUCACGUCUUGCGUAGGUAUAGCAAGGGGCGACGAUGGCUGUGGCUAUUUCAGACAUACGUGGAAUGGGAUGUUUUGGCGUAUCUUUUAUUAGAUAUUUGCAUCUCACUCUCAUUACCACCCUCCAGCGAGCCGUUAACUGUACCAUGGGACGUCAUCGAUGAAAGUUAUAAUCACUGGAAAAAUAGCCCAGAUGUUUAUCGGGACCGCCGCUGGGCUAAUAUCGAGAAACUUCGCUCACAAGCGUUGUUCGUAAUAGAGAAGGCGCAAAAUACGACACCAGCACCCCAGACAAAUCCAUCUUGCUCCGCUCAGCGCCAGUCCAAUGCCAUGUUAGGCACCACCGUCGCGGUGCAGCAACAGUAUGAGACAAGUCCAGAUGCUACGAGCAGCCAACGUACUGCUACUACGGCGGAAAGUAUACAAACUCCUCUGUAUUUGGAACCUAUGGAGAGCAAUGCACAGACACAACAAUCCCGCAUUAUCAAUCUCCAAAUCUCCGAGUCUAAUAAUUCGGCUGAUCAAGCGCCCCAGAUGUGGACUCUCGCAGAGGCAGCUUCAGCGGAAGAAGUUCAAGUUCCAGCUGAUACAACAGACUUACCCGGAGCAGGGACCGUUUGUGAGUGGAGUAGUUAUCUCAUAGAGAGGUACUGGGAGGUUGCCGGACAGGGAUAUGACAGCUCUAACGCAUGA